AUCUCCCAUCUUCUGCUUCUCUCUCUUAAUUUCAACUCACACAUGCCAUAGAAAGAUAAAUUUAAUGAUGAUGGCAUGGAGUAACGUUGAAAAAGGAGCACUUGUUUUCUUAUUAAUGGCGUUAGUUGUAUUGAGAUCAGGAUAUGCUCGUCACCUUCCUUCCCAAGAAGCUUCAAUGGUUUCUAACGAUAAAAAUGGCGCCUUCUUCCAUUGUCCUAAUGAUGGAACAGAUAAUUUAUCAUUGGAUUCAAUAAGGAAGACAUUAAUUGGGCUUGAAGAUACAAUCAUUUACAGUUUGAUUGAAAGGUCUAAAUUACCCUUGAAUUCUCCUGCUUAUAAAUCUUCUCCUUUUCCUGGUUUUCAUGGUUCUUUGAUGCAACUCCUUGUCAAGGGUACUGAAGCUGUUCAAGCUCAGUUUGGCAGAUACCAAAGUCCGGAAGAAGUUCCAUUUUUCCCUGAUAACUUACCACCACCAAUAGUACACCCCUCGCAAAACUGUUCACAGAAAUUACCAGCAGCUGCUGCAUCUGUCAAUGUAAGUAAGGACAUUUGGGACUUUUAUGUAAACAAACUUCUACCGCAACUGGCUACCGAGGGUGAUGAUGGCAACUAUGUAUUGUCUGUGGCUUCUGAUCUUGUGUGUUUACAGGCCUUAUCAAGGAGAAUACAUUAUGGAAAAUAUGUAGCUGAAGUGAAGUUCAUAAAUGAGACUGAAGCUUACACUACUGCCAUUCGUGCACAGGACAAAGAUACAAUCAUGAAUCUCUUGACAGACACAAAAGUGGAAGCCAUGGUGAAGCAAAGAGUUGCGAAGAAAGCCAUGGUUUUCGGAGCAGAAGUAACUCUUAGUGACAGUAACGGUAGCAAUACCAACAAUUACAAAGUUGAACCUUCAGUGGUCUCUCGUCUUUACGAUGAAUGGGUGAUUCCUCUCACUAAAGUUGUCGAAGUUGAUUACCUUCUUAAGCGUCUAGAAUGAAAUAUUCAUUUGCUUGAGCUUCAUAAAUCCAAUUGAAAAUGUAAUUGAUGAAUCUCAAAAGCAAUAUUUCAUUCUUAAAUUUAUAAAUGAUGUACUACUACGUAAAAUUUUACUAAUUUUGUUGUAUUAUCAAGGGGAAUAGUGAAUACCCGUUCAAAAAAUAGUAACUUUGUAAAUCUAUUGUGCUUAAGUUGUAGAAUUCGAUGGGGAUGUGCUACCAUUCUAGCAAUACCUCUUCCUCAGAACUUGGUUAUCUUAUCCACUGUGCAAAUGGCUACUUGACAUUUGACAAUUGUAUGACAAGAUUGUAAAUAUAAAUGUUCAGACAAUUUUAUUUUAA